GUGUGCAUCAAGAUCACGGCGCUCUGCCCGAUCGCGCUGCUGGAGAAGGCGAGCGACCUGCUGCGUUGGCAGAAGAAGCACCCGUCGUUCAGCCUGCCGUGGAAGACGCACUCCUUCCCGGUGCUGUCUGACUCGAGCCCGCUCCACCUGACCGCGUCGGAGCCGGCGGCGCUGACGGCGGAGGAGGAGAGGGAGCUGCAGCUGGCGCACUCGCGGCUGCUGGCGGUGUGCGCGCGGUGCGCGGAGCACGGCAUCCCGCUGCUGGUGGACGCGGAGUACGCGACGGUGCAGCCGGCCAUCGACUACUUCACGCUGGUGGGCGCGCUGGCGUUCAACGACGCCGGCGCGGCGGACGGCGGGCGACCCAUCGUGCACGGCACCAUCCAGGCGUACCUCCGCGACGCGCGGGACCGGCUGGAGGCCAUGGUGCGCGGCGCGGAGCGGGAGCGCGUGCGCCUGGGGCUCAAGGUCGUGCGCGGCGCGUACCUGACCCGCGAGGCCCGGCUCGCGGCCGCGCUCGGCGUGCCGUCGCCCGUGCACGGCAGCAUCCAGGAGACCCACGACUGCUACAACGGCUGCGCCGCCUUCCUCCUCGACCGCGUGCGCCGCGGGUCCGCCUCCGUCAUGCUCGCCACCCACAACGUGGAGUCAGGCCAACUCGCGGCGGCGCGUGCCCAGGAGCUGGGGAUCCCCAAGGGAGACCGCAACCUGCAAUUCGCGCAGCUGAUGGGCAUGGCGGACGGGCUGUCGCUGAGCCUCCGCAACGCCGGGUUCCAGGUCAGCAAGUACCUGCCGUACGGGCCGGUGGAGCAGAUCAUCCCCUACCUCAUCAGGCGCGCCGAGGAGAACAGGGGCCUCCUCUCCGCCUCCUCCUUCGACAGGCAGCUGCUCCGGAAGGAGUUGGUGAGGAGGGUCAAGGCCAUGGUGGCGGGACGUGAGUGAAGUGCUUGUCGAGCCUGUGUGUGUGGAGGUCGACCGUGAAGCUGGGACUGGGACAAGGACGAGCUAAAGGCUAGAAGCUGUAAAUACACCCUUCAACGGUCUUCACAUUGAUGUAUCCGGGGCUUUCUUGAAUAAUAAUCGAAUGAAUGAAAUAGUGUUCGCGGUACUAGCUAGUCCAAGCAAGCGAAUAGCCCCAGGGCAGUGCAAUCGUUGGUGGGCCCAGCUGGUGACGGGUUAGCGAGAAGCAAUAUUCGAAAUGAGCCAUACAAGCCUCCGAAAGGCCUUGCGACUCUUUUCGAUAGAGCUCUUCCAAUUCCCGACCUGCGGCGUGCCCCCAAAACAAACUACUGCGCCUUAGGGUGUCGUUCUUACGCGGAUUCGGUCAGGGCGCUUCCGGAGCCAGGCAUGGAGAAUCGCGAUGAGUCCCAGCAGGCGACGCAAGGAGGUCGAGGCAGUGGUGUUGGAGCCGGAAGAGGUGUGCCGCGUCAAGGCUUCCAGUACAGCGGCCCGAACCAAUUCCGUGCUGGUUAUGGGGGCGGAAGGCAUCAGUCCAGGGGGAGAACUUGGGCGCGGCCAGGCCAAGGUCGUGGUGCUCAUCUGUCAGCAGGCGGAAGAGGUGAGGAGAGACCGCGGACAGUUGGUGACGGUUCCUGCUUUCCCCAGCCGCCAGCAGUGAACUCGGCUGGGCACGGUUCGUCGAGUGGUACGAUCGUCCCGGCUGGUGUUAGCGACCAGGCGGGACUGGCAACGAUUCUCCAGCAGGCACUCACUGCUCUGCAAGGUAUGAAUGCUGAGAUGGCUGUUGGGGAGCCCAGGGCCGUCGAUCACAAGCAGGUGAGUGCAAAUGCUGGACCACUCCUUCCUUCAGCGUCGGCAAAGGGAGAGAAGAAGAAUACUGUGAACAAGGAGAAGGAAGGUACCAAGGAGGAGGGCAAGCUGAAUAGCAAGGGGUACUGCCAUAGAUGUUACGGGAAAGGCCACGUGAUGAGCGAGUGUACAGCGGAGUUAUUCUGCGAAGUAUGUGGUACUGACACCCAUAUCAAGCUGAAAUGUCCGGUGUUCAACGCUCCUAAGGUGCAUGCUAUCCCAGCUGGUUUUGCCAUAAAAAAUGGCGGUUUCUUUCACAUCCCCUCCAACAAGAAGCUCACUAAGGGUAGCAAUGAGAACAGGUUGGCAAUAAUACAAGUGGUGGAGGGGUGUAUUAGCCUGGACAAUGUGAUUCGAGAGCUGGAAAGGCUGCUACCCGGACUUGGUCCAUGGUACGUGGAUCAAAUCACCCCAAAGGUGUUUCGGACUUCCUUUCCUGCAGCAGCGGAAUUGCAAAGGAUGAUCGAAUGGGGUCCGGUCCAGACUAAGUCUCAGAAGGCAAUUCUUGAGUUCAAGGCUAGUUCAUCCGGGGGUCGAGUGAAGGCCACUCUUACUGACGUUUGGAUACAGUUUGAUGGUCUACCGUCGGCACUAUGCACUUAUCCACAUAUUUGGGGAGUUGGGUCUACGCUUGGCACCACUGUGGAGGUUGACAUGGUAUUCUUCCGGAAGCACGACAUCUGUCGGAUGAUGGUGGGUGUAAUUGAUCCAGAAGCAGUCCCCUCUGCUGGUGAGGUGGAGAUCAACAGAGUUAUUUAUGAAGUGCAUUACUGGGUGGAGAGGCACCUGGUGGAUGGGGUCCCGGUGCCGCUUGCUUUUGAUCAGGACGGAGAAGAAGGCAGCAGGAAAGAUAAGGAUAAUUUGGGUGAUCCCAAAGGGAAGGCCGAUCGAAACAAGAAUGGGCCAGAGAACAGUUCGGAGGAGAAAAAUGAGAAUGGCAGCAAGGCCGAUGGCGGUCAGGUCCAGAAGGAGGAUGUUAACGGUGGGGCUGAUGGUGGUAACCACAACCUGGUUGUCAGCCAUGAGACACACACGGCCAGUGAGCUACAGGCGUUCGCACCUACUGAGCUCAUGGAUGAGCAUCAGGGGAUGGCCGUGGAUGCUGUGCUAGAGCCGAUGGUGGAUAAUUUCAUGGUUUCAGGUACACCGGAAAUGGAGACUAGGGCCGCCAGGGUUGAGCGCCUUGCGGCGAUCCCGGAGACUGAGCUGCCAUCUGGUCGCAAGAGGAGAUCUUGUACAACGGAUGAGCAUUCGCUUGCCCGGGCGGAGCGCCUGAAAACUGAAAGGAAUGGAGGUACUCUUCCGAGGAACUUACUGGUGUCGUUUCUGGGGGAUGCUUCAAAGGCAUAAAGUGGACACUAGAAGCAUGAGGGAGGCCUGCAGACUUUUGGAGACAUCGAUGAUGCAAGUCUUCUCGACGCAUGGUUGGACCUUCUGUAAUAGAUUAACUAUGUGAUGUUUGUCUAUUCUCCCAACUGCGUUUGGGUUUUGUGGCCAAAUGUGGCGUUGUUUCGGUACCUUUUGUUGGGGUGUGUGGACGGCCGUCAUCAGCUGAUGUAGGUCGGGAUUUGGUUCCCAUUAUCUAAAAAAAGAGAUGAUCAAACUGGCCGUC